GGCCUCGCAGAGCGCCCCAGCUCUCAGCUGGAGAGUAAGAGCCUGUCCUCCCCCCAGUUAGCCCAGCAGUCCCUUCUGUUUUCACUUCCUGUCCCUAACCCAUAAUUUAUUUUCUCCUGCAGUAGUUACAGAUCAGAAGCAUGGUCUCCCUCUCUCCCCACCUCCUUUCCAGCCAUGUGACUGAGCACUCCCUGCAUCAAGCGCAACUUUUCAGUCCCCAGGAAAUCUUGAUCUCCUUUCCACUUUCUCCACGGUGAGAAGCAGCAUCUCUCAAACCUGCUGGCCAUGGGGAAGAGCACACGGCGGUUCAUCUUGCUAACCUUCACCUGUGCAUUUUCCUCCUGCUUUGCUGAAGUGGCCUUAGGGGUCAAACUGUCUCCAGAAACUGUACCCUUCCAGCAUACAGCUACUUCUCAGCCAUUCCCUCGUCACCGUUCUUCACCCCAUCAAGGUACCACAGUUCAUUUUAACAGCACAGGCUCUUUUAAAACAACAGCCAUGAGCCACAGAAUAACUGUGCAGACAACAGACCAGCGCCAGGUAACAACAGCACCAGGUCAUCACAUGACAGACCAGGCAGGAGCAACCACCACUGAAGGGACCAGCCAGAAAUCUCCCACGGUCAUAUCCACAAUAUCAGCAGACAACACAACUGCAGCUGGUCAGAAUACAACCCAGGCAAUGGAAACGGUUACACCUGUAGUGAAGAAUGCAACCAUACACCCUGUGUCCUCCACCAAGCAAGCCAGAACAUGCGUGAGCACAGAAAUAACAGCGGCAGCCACAAACACAACCAUAAAACAUACAACACCAAAUACACAAAUGACAGCUACUGCCAUAAAUACUACAGCCACCACCAUGCAAACUGUAAAGCCCACCACAGGAUCAGGAAAUCGAACAACACUACCUGAAAGUCCAAUAGCCCCAGCCAUGACAAAUGCAACAACCAUUCGUCCAGGGACUCAACCAACCAUCUCAUCUACUAUGAUAACAGCAAGACCCACUCUUGCACCGCAGCCUUCCCCCAUCCCCACUGGCACAUACACCGUUUCCAGUGGGAAGAAGACCUGCAUCAAAGCGGUCAUGGGUUUGCAGCUGAUGGCUCAAAAUGCACAGAAGAAGCAGAUGGAGUACAUGAUUAUCAACCCCAAUGCAACACGGACAUUUGGAAGCUGUGGGAUGGUGCAAUCUGAGCUGAACAUAACUUUCAGUGGAGGGUUUAUAAACUUCACCUUCAUAAAGCAAGCUCCAAGGUACUAUGUCAGUAAAAUUGAGACCAGGUUGCAGUUACCUUCUGAAGGUAUGCUUUACUAUGGAGCUAUACAAGAGCAGAUGUUUACAACAAAGCUGGGGAAUUCCUUUAAGUGUGCCAGCAAGCAAACCUUCAAUUUGGAGAAGAACUUCCAGCUACUCUUUGUUAAUAUGCAGGUGCAGGCGUUUGAUAUUGUUGGUAACCAGUUUGGAAAAGAAGAAGAAUGUUUUCCUGAUAAAAACAGCAAAGCAGCUCCCAUCGCGGUGGGCCUGAGUAUCCUGGGAUUGUUACUCAUUGUGUUUGCCACUUUCCUGAUUUCCAGAAGAAAGCCACAAAGAGGAUAUGAACGUAUUUGAGGUUCCCUUGUACUUCCAAACAUGCGUAGCAAGUAGAGAAGUCACAGGAGUUUUAGCUUCUACCUGGCAGUCUCACUACCCUGAAGCCACAUUUUUAAGUGAUUUUAAGGGAUGACACCAUGUAUUUAAAGCUAAUAUUUCUGGAAAUUAUUUCUUUAAGGUGGGAAGGACAGAACUCACACCAUCUACUUUAGGCUAUUCUUGGCAUCUAAUUUGGAUGUAGUUCAGAGGACCAAAAUGAGGAGCUUAAAUUCUUUAUAUUAUCAACAAAGGAGGCAGUUCAUACCACCCAAGUCAGAUGCCUAAAAAUAGCUUAAAGCAAGCAGUAUCACCAUUCCCCAGAAAAUACAUCAAGUUUGUUAAAGAUAGCAUUUGGAUUUGUUAAAAUAGAUGUGUCCAGUAAUACAACCUUCAAGUGACUAAACCAGAGGUCCACAGCUAGAGACAAUCUUGUUAAAUCAGAGCUCAGUGAAAGCCUUGUGGGGACACUGUGUAUGCUGAAGUCUCAGGGCAAGUGUAAGUGUGACUUCCAUUCGCAAGCAAGUUCUCACCAGUCCUAAAACAGGGUUACAUUUUGCAAGUCCUUGUUUUCGCUAGUAAGCCCUUGACAAGGACUGAGCACUAAUAUGUGAUUCUUACUCUGGAGGCAGUAUUUUUAGAAAAAAUUCUAGUUUCCAGUGACUGUGGAUGCAAAUAAAAGAUUACCCAGCUGAGGUCACACAGGGGCUGCCUGACCAGAAUGUGCCUAAAUUAUCACUUGUCACUGCUUGUCUCAGCACUGCUACAAAAAUGACUGAACUUCUUGCCAAUAAUUCCUGAACUGCAGCCUCAUAAAGCACAGCACAUUUAGAGCACUUUGACCUUGGUAAAUUUAUCCCAAAGGGUUAUCCUGCAAACUGCACAAUUCAGGAGCUGAUUGACAGGCAGCUGAGAUGUGCAGCGGAACCGGGCAGGAUUUUGGAGGCAGUAACUGCACAUCCGUCUGCCACACCAGGCCACGUUGCUCCGCUUGUCAAUUGGUGCUCAAGGCACAGCAUCACUUCGCGACAUGUUUGCCAUACAACAUGGAGAAAGCUAACAUGAGGGUCUGAAAGCACUGUGAGACGUGGGCUGAUGAAUUUGCUUGAUAAAUUCAAAAAGCUUAAUAUUUUGUGGUCUUGUGAGAGCUCAUAAAUCACCCCCUUUCACCUAUUCAGACAUGGACCUGAUUGAGUGACUGCUGCUGAAUUUGGUAACUCUCUCUACUGAGAUGGCAGCACUGUGAUCUCUCUUAAUCCAGGAAGAUACCAUGCUCACUGAAAAUGCCAGGGAUUAAGUGGCCACAAUUGCGGUAGACCUGAACAAGGUCCAUGAGCAAAUAGAAAUCCACUGAUGGGGUAUGUUCAAGGCUUCUGUGGGAAAUAAAAGUGUGCACAGGCCUUGGACAAACUCUCUGCCCAAAGUGAAUGCUACUCAGUGUGCUUACAGUUGAGGAGCUGGACUUUCAUAUGGAAAUAAUUUGGAGCUGUUUUAAAGAACACUAAUUGAUACACUCUGUAGUCUAUUUCCUCCUAAGCAAGUGAUGAAGGCAUCACACUUGCUUUUGCAAUUAAGUUCAGCUAAUGUUCUUUGCUGUAACAGGGAAAAAUCUCCUUGUCACAAAAGAUUUACAAAGCUAAACAUAUGCACGAAUGUGCAGAAGGACACACAUGUGCACACACCACACAAUCUGUUCACUGCAGAACAUCAAAAUGAUAAGAAAUCAUAUCUGAAAAUCUUGACAAAAGAGAAAAUAAUAUUAAAUAAGAGCACACUUUCCCUUUAGGUGUUAGGGUAAUGGCUUAAGUUUUACCAGUUAAAGUUUUUCCUGGAAAAGGACUGUGGAAUGGUACCCAUUAAACAAAAGACAGACUGAAGUAAUCUGCAAAAUAUCAUUGUUGAUAGUUUAAUCUGGAUUUAAACAAAAUAGAAAUGCUGGGAACUAGUUUAAUUUGCAUGAAUAAUGGCCCAAAUCCUGAACAAUUAUUAAUGGUGGUGGAACCUCACUGGAUUUUCACUGGGUUAAACUGAUAAUAAUAUCUUGUGAGUUUAAUUUCCCUUAAAUAUUUUUAAAGUAGUUUUGAUAUUUUACUAGUGUUUAAUCAUUGAGAGUUUACUUAUUUAAAUUAAGAAAGAAAAGAAAUCCUUCCAUUCCGUCAAUUACUAAAAGAUGCUGGUCUGUGUCAAGCAGGAAACAUGGUCAUACUGUUUCAUAAUUGACGUAAUACGUAGCUGUGGAAGUAAUUACGCCUCCAGAAAUGUUCCCUUUGCAUCUGAACAAACUGAUAAGUAAGAAAGAUAAAGACAAUUUUGAAGCAUUUCUGCACAGAACCAGCUGCAAGCAAGGGAGGCAGUUGAAUAUGAUGAUGAGGUAAAGUAGCACAAGAAACAAAAUACUGAACUUUCAAACCUUCAAUACAGAUACAGUGAUUUGAACUGUAUUCAGCUGAAUACUCAACUUUAAAUUUGAGUAUUUCAAUUAUUGUUUUGUAAAAGGCUCCAGCACUUUUAAUAUUGCUCAGUGAACUUUACCUAGCUUAUUUUCACUCUUCUUCCUUCGCCCCCGGUUACUGGACAAGCAGCCCACUGAACUCAGUGGCAUGGUUCAGGCCCUUGGCUUGAUAAGAUUCCUCUGGUUCUUAGCGUUAGUAAAUACUAUUAAUCUGCUGUUUAGAAAGCAGAUUUUUAUACUUGAUUAAAGCAUUCACUUUUUUUAAAACAAGAGAAUUUAUGAAAUGGCCAGCAAGAAAGGUAAAUACAUCCAGGUUGGUUGAUUCUAUGAUUCUAUGAAGAGCUUCCAUUUGAAAGUGAGCAGUUGUAUGCAGUAGUGAUGUUACUGUCCCAAACUGCUACAUGUGGACAUUUUAACAACGAACACUGUAUAAAAAGCUCGGCACCACACAUGAUCUGACCCUAAGCUGUUCUGACUAGAGAUCAAUAGACAUCUUUCCUAUUCAAACCUAAGUCCUAUUUCACAUGUUCUUUGGGUCGUUGCGUUGUAUGAUCUAUACAGUUUGUUACUUCUACUGAUAUGGAUAUAGCAUUUUCUUGUGAUGUUCUGUACUGAAAAAUCCUUUUAUGUUAAUAUUCCGUCUUUUAACCUUUGAUAUCAACAUGAGGAGUGAAAACUGUUCUUAAUCACUGAUAAUUCUGUGUUUAAUCUUGUGAUGCCCUCUGGCAUUUUUGCCACUGAUGUAAGGUUAAUUUUUUUUCCCCCCAUACUUUUUUCUUUCUAUAGUGAAUCAAACUUUGGUACUGAACAAUGUUUGGAUUCAGGCUUACCUGAUUUGUUUUUAUGCUUUUUAUUGUUAUUAUUUGCUGUUUUUAUGAAGCUGCAUACUGUCCUUUCUAGAUGAAUAAUACUGUGGGCUUGCUCUAAACAGCACGGGGGAAGUGCACAUGGCAUAAACUGAUGAAACAGUUGGAUACUCCCAUGAAAUGCUGCCAACAUGCAGCAAAAUUAAUCCAAUGGGGUUAGUGCUUCACAGUAGUAAAGGAUCCAUUGGAGAAUUCUUUACUGCAUCAGGAGAUCCCAGCCACUAAGUGCAGCCUUUCUUCCACCUGCAGCCCAGCCUGCAUACCGUCACCUCCUUCCCUGACCACAAAAGACACAAGCAGCCUGUAGCAGAGAUGUGUGUCAGCGUGUGAGCAUAGCAUGGAGUGCUGCCUCUCUGAAUUUAACAUUGAAUGAGAAUUAGGCAGCCCAGCUGCUCUCUGAGUUGCCAUGUGCAGCUUUUGAAGCUGGUGCCUAUAUUAAUCUUCUGCCAGAAUUUAGGAAGAUAUUUGGCUGGCACUUUUUUAUCUAAUGGAUUUGCUCUGAGGUCCUCUUCCCAGUGGGAAGACUAUAGGUGUAAUUGGUCUUGGUCCUGCAAGACUUUUUUUAAACAUCUUGUCUGAGAAACAUUUUGAGCAAAAAGUCCCUUAAAAAGCACCAUACAAAGGAGAGGCUCUUCUGGUAAACUAGUUGUAUACUAGGUGAGCCAUAAUAGUUCUAUCAUGGGGAGCAGUGCACAGUUUCUUUGCUUCCUAUUGAUGUGGAUGUAAAUGAAACCAUAAGCCUGGCAGAUUGCUUUCCUUCCAGGGCUGCUCUUUGCCAUCGUCAGACCUUUGUUCACAACCUGCUUACUGCUUGGGACAGGGAGAUACCAACCAACCUGCCCUAAAAAUCUGCAUGCCAAAAACCUUCAUAUAGUCAGCUUGAGCCCAUGUACCCAGAGAGCAGAGAAGAGCACAGACGGCUGUGGGAGGGGACAAAGUUGCAGCUGGGUCCCAGAUUGACCAGCAGUGUUGGUCUCAGCACCCCCAGCUCACUUCUUCCCCCGGCAGGCUCAUAUCAACCCAUCUCUGAACCAGAAUGAUGAUAUGAUGUACCCCAUUAGGGAAGCUAUGCUUAACUCACUGGCAAGCAUGUGCUGGUCUGGAAACAGUGGGGCCACAGAGGUUAGGAGGUGAGCACAUCCCUGUAGCUCCCUGAUGUUCUGCUGCAACUCUCACCCCAGCCCAUUCACUGUGGUCUCUUGCAUACCCAAGGUAGACCAAUGGUAUCCCAUGGGUGUGAUGAUGUCAUACUUAGCCAAAUCACCAAGGAGUUUAUAAAGCAAGAUUUAAUUUCUUUCAGUUCUUUUUGCUCUCUGAUGGACAAAUUAAAAACCAGCUGUUAAUUCUGGUUGAAAGAGGGAGAUGUAGAUCGGCAUCUUGAGUGUAUGAAGAUGGUUUGGUUGAUCGCUUCUAGCUUGCUAUAAUAUAUGGUUGCUAGAAAAUAAUUUGCUAUGAGAAGAUAUGCUCUUUAUUUUUCUAUUAUUGAUGUUUCUAUAAUAAAGGUCAUAUCUAGUCA